UGGGGUGAUUCCCGUCAUUUGGUCGAACGGGAGAGAUAUGGGCAGCACCGCUGAGCGCCACGCAAAGAGCGGCAGCUGCAGCAAGAGAAAGGAGAAAUAAAAGAAGGCCAGAAUUAAAAGCCGAUGCAAGAGAGAGAGAGAGAGAGGAGAUAAAGAAAGCUAGUGUGAGGUAAGCUGCCUCAAACCCAAAACCCUCCUUCCAGUAGCUUCCAAAUCCUUUCAUCGGGCCAACCGAUACCGGAGAGCCACGCCCAUGUCAAUUUUUUACCAGAAUUCCACCUUUUGUUGCGAUUUCUAGAUUUCUUUAUGCCCGGUGCUGGCGAUCGAGCAAGAGAGGGGAAGGAAAAAGGCUUGGGAAUCGCGGAGCUGCCGAUCUCUGUAGAGACAUUGGUUGCUUGGAUUUGACGGCGUUUUCGAUGCUUUUCGUGGAAAUUCAGGGUCUUGAUUGCUGUUUAUACGGACACUGGACUGAUUCCUGAGAUGAGAUUCUCUGUUUCCGUUGUGUUCAAGUGAGACGGCCAUGGCUCAUCGUUGCGCCUUCCAAGAUUUUCUAGAGGAGGAGGAGGUGGUCUUCUUCGACUCGAGGGAGGACAUAUCGCCUGUUUCUGAUUCGUGCCCCGACAGCCCGGCGGUCCAUGAUUCGUUGCCGGAAGGAAAUUUCGUCGAUGGGCCCUCAAGCGACCCUGGGUACCAGGUCUGGAUCCAGAAGCUCGACAGCAUCCAGGAGCGGCGUGAUAGGUUCAUGAAAUCGAUGGGUCUGGAUAUCUUUCGCGGUCCCUGUGGAGACUCUGCCAAUCCUGACCGGGAGCUCAAGGCAGACAGUGAAGUUAUGCCAGAAAUUAAUAGGAUUAUGUCGGAUGGGGGAGCUGUGCUGAGGAGCUCUUGUUCGGAGAAUGGGUCUUCUUCGAUGCCCAGCUGCUCCAGUGAGGGCCUAAGUGCAUCCAAUGAUGGAGCCUUGGAGGAGAGAUUCAAGUACAAAAUUAAGAAUUUGGAUGAUGGUAUUCUAGUGGAUAAGUCAUGUAAAGAUGGAAGCUUGAGAUGUCCUCGUGAAGUCGGUUCGAAUCAGAUGGCAAUGCUGGAUGAGUUCAAGGGAAGCUUCCGUCCAUCAUCUUUUGCCCAGCAGCUUAUGCGGCGAGAAGAUAAUACAUCAAACAAUUCCAACAAGAUGAUGGGAAGGAGAAGGAUUGGGUGGUUGCAGAAAUUGGGUGCUGCAGCUUGCAUUGUGGAUAGGCAAAUGGAGGAGAAUAAUUCAUGCAUCUCUAGUUUGGAGCAAAGUGGAUGUUCUAGGAUUCAGAGAGUAAAAGUCCAUCCAUAUAGGAAGCGAUCCAAGGAACUAUCGGCAGUGUACAAGAGCCAAGAGAUCAGAGCCCAUGUCGGUGCAAUCUUGACCAUGAAGUUUAGCCCCAAUGGCCAGUACUUAGCCAGUGGAGGUGAAGAUGGAGUCGUGCGUGUGUGGCAUGUGAUGCAAUAUGAAAGGAAUGAGGAAAGUGACGUUCCGGAGGAUGAUCCCUCGUGCAUAUAUUUUACAGUGAACCAUAAAUCUGAAUUAGCUCCCUUAUAUGCUGAUAAGGAGAAAAAAGCUAAACCAAGGAGUAUGAAGAGGACUUCAGAUUCAGCUUGUGUUGUCAUACCCCAAGAGGUUUUUAGGAUAUCUGAGAAACCACUGCAUGAGUUUCAUGGGCAUGAUGGUGAUGUGUUGGAUCUUUCUUGGUCAAAAAAUAAGUAUCUACUUUCAUCAUCCAUAGACAAAACUGUCCGCCUGUGGCAAGUUGGAUCCAAUAGCUGCCUCAAAGCUUUUUACCACAGCAAUUAUGUGACAUGUGUCCAAUUUAAUCCUGUCGACGAGAAUUAUUUCAUCAGCGGCUCUAUAGAUGGAAAAGUUCGUAUUUGGGAAAUUCCGGGAUGCCAUGUAGUUGAUUGGACCGAUACUAGAGAAAUUGUCACUGCAGUGUGUUACCGGCCAGAUGGAAAGGGUGGAGUAGUUGGCACUUUGACUGGAAAUUGUCGCUUUUAUGAUGCAUCAGAUAAUCAUCUACAACUGGAGGUUCAGGUUCCCCUACAGGGUAAAAAGAGGUCUCCAUUCAAGAGGAUUACUGGCUUUGAGUUUUGUCCAAGUGAUCAUCGAAAACUACUGGUCACUUGUGCUGACUCACAAAUUCGAAUUCUUGAUGGGGUUGAUGUUGUCUCCAAAUACAAGGGUCUGUGGAAUGCUGGAAGUCAGAUAUCUGCGUCCUUCACUGCAGAUGGGCGGCAUAUCAUUUCUACCAGCAAGGACUCCAAUGUACAUGUCUGGAACCAUGUAAACCCGGAAGUGCCUGCAUCCAACCGUUCAAAGAGCACCUGGUCUUGUGAGCGUAUCUUCUGCGACAAUGCAUCUAUUGCAAUACCUUGGAAUGGGCUGGAUUGUAGAAAUGCAGUCUCUGUCACCUCUGAGGUUCUUCCUUCACGAUAUGUCUUUCGAGACCAAGCUGGAAAUACAGGUUCUUGUUACCGUCACCGUGGAGAAGAUUCAUUCAGCAACAACACCCUCCAUCUGUCACCUUCAGGUAGUUUCACGCUGAGCCAUGAGUUCUUCUCAGAGUUCCUGCCCAAGGGCUCGGCAACAUGGCCUGAGGAAAAGCUUCCCUCGAGCUCCACGACAGCAUCUACCUUGUGCAAAUCCCACUACAAGUUCCUGAAAACCUCCUGCCAGAACACCUCCCAUGCAUGGGGCCAAGUUAUAGUGACUGCUGGAUGGGAUGGGCGGAUCAGGUCGUUCCAGAAUUAUGGAUUGCCAGCACCGGUGUAGCGUGAUUUAGCCUUCAGAUGAUCGGUCUCAACUUCAACUGUGGAGCAUCGCGGCAUUUUCAGAACGGUGGCGCUUCCGAGCCACUGAAUCUGGGUUUGGUUAAGUCAAUGCUGCAGGUUCAGCCAGUAGUUAUACCGUACGAAGCUUCACAUGUUCAGUUGUCCCCCUACCUCUGGAUGUAUUCUUCUCUCUCCAGCUUUGGGGACCCUUCCGGUAUUCGGGACAUAUACCGCAAACACAAUGCGACAGAGUGGUUUGUAAAGCAUCCCCGUCACCGUCACCUUGAGCAACAAGUGGCGGACAGGGGAUGGUGCGACGGGUAAAUUGUAUUGUUGGACUGAGAAAAUCCAUUCAAUUAAAGAUUCUUUCAUUUAUUCAUA